UGACGCAAUGAGCGACGUCCGGUGCGCGCUGGCCGGGGCGUGGCUGUCGGUGCGCGCGCGGCGCGUGACGCACUUCCCGCGCGUGCUCCGCCUCCUGGCGGCGCUGGAGGCCGCGGCCCCCUCGGCCCUGAGGUACCGGCACCGGGCCAGGCUGCGGCUGGGCCUGCAGGCCGCGGUGGUGAUGGAGAUGCUGCGGGAGGCCCGGCCCGAGGCUGACGUCACUUCCGCCGUGGAGCGCUACUUCCCCGAGGGCGGCAGCGGGCAGGCAGGGGGCGGGGAGGAGCCGUGGGUCCAGGAGGCCCAAUCCGGGUUCCGGGAGCUGGUGCUGGAGCUGCUGCAGGAGCCGGGGCGGCGGCGGCGAUACCUGGAGACCCAGGCCCCCCAGGACUAUGGGGCUCGGUUCCUGGGCUCCCUGGAGGCUCUGUUCCACGAGCUGCUGCUGCGGGUGGAGAGCGCCUUGCCCCGCCCACACCUGCCCCAG